AUGUGGCGAAUCCCAACGGACGUCCCGCAGGUCGCCGUACCCAAUGGCCUCCAGCUUGCGGAAGUGACAGUGGACACCCCAUUGGACGAGGUGUUCAAGCACUGGAAGGAAACUGGCGGCGUCAUCCUGAAGAACAUGCUCACCAUCGCAGAAGCGAACCAGAUCACCACCGAACUGGAGUCACGCCUCGACUCGGUCCAACGUGGCUCCCGGGUCCCCCAUCCGGACCUCGCAGCCUUCCACGGCACCAAAACCAAGCGCGCGGGGGACCUCAUCAACCACAGCGCCACUUUCCGCGAGCGGAUCCUCGAGAACGACUUCAUCCACGCCAUCUGCAAGCGCUGCUACAGCGAAGGCGGGCAUAACGGAGACUACUGGCUCUCGGCGGCCACGACCCUCAAUGCUUCAGGACCGCAGCCAGCGCAGGUCCUGCACCGGGAUCUGACGUCCUAUCCACCAUACGCGCAGCUGGGACCCGAGGGCACAGAGCCUCAGAUCAACUUCCUCUUCGCCUUCUCGGACUUCACCGCGGACAACGGCGCCACGCGCCUCAUCCCCGGGAGCAACAAGUGGCCCUUUGACCAACGCGGGAAUAUGCAGCAGACGAUCCCGGCCGAGAUGAAAACCGGAGACUGUCUACUCAUCGGCGGGAAGGUGAUCCAUGCGAUGGGCGAGAACAAAACUGAGACGGAGCGGAAAUGCAUACAGCUGACCGUCAUCCCGAGUUUCCUGACUCCAUCCGAAGCACAUCCUUUCAUCAUCAAGCUUGAAACCGUGAAGAAGUUGUCGAAGCGGGCGCAGAGAUUCGUUGGGUUCCGAUCACAGUACCCUCGGGGCUCGCCAGGAUUGUGGACGAAGGAUUAUAUUGAAUUGGCGCUGCAUUUGGGGUUGGAUGAUCUGCAGGGUGCGAUGGAGGAUCUGCAGGACGUGAUCAACCAGCCCAAACAAUGGGAUACAAUUGAUUAUGACAAUAUUUGA